UAUCGUCUACACACUGGUAAGAGAUCGUCUUCCCUAUAGCGUGGCUUACUGGGAUGUUAUGCAAAGUUUGAGGAUACAGUGUCAUGCAUUCAUAAAUCGAUGUCAGUGGUCUUAAACAACCGUUGUAAACAGAAGAAACUAGAGAAUAACGAAAUGUUAUCAUAGCGUUUUCUAGAGUACACUAUAACAGUGUUAUAUUUAACUAAUUAUUAACAACCUAAGUGUUCAAGGAUAUAUUAGUCUGUACUGGGGACAUAUUUAUCUCUGUUUUCUUGCAAAACUAAAAUCUAUAGUUCAUUUUAUUAUUGAGAUAUUCUGGAGAGACAUAAACAGACAAUGAUACACAAUAAAUAUGUUUAUAUCCCACGGCAGACAACAAGUUGAGGGACUGACCAGCAGAAGUGACUACAUCUUAUAACGAGCUGUGAAUAUAUAUGUAUAACUAUUCAAAAAAUAAUACAAUCACAAUGGAUGAAUUCGCUGAUUUCAAAUUUGACUGGAUAGAAAACUCGGUGGUGGUAGCAAUGCUGCUCCUGUCGUUUUUUAUUGGAGUUUACUACACUUUCUGCGAUAAACAAGACACCUUUGCUGCAUAUAUGCUUGGAGGCCGGACCAUGGGUAUUUUCCCCGUUGCUAUGUCUCUAGUGGCAAGCUGUGUUUCAGGAUUGUCUAUUUUGGGUAUACCGACAGAGAUUUAUCUAUACGGCACUCAGUAUGCUGCUGCAAAUUUCACAGUUAUUAUGUUAGCUUUGGUCAUUGGAAUAUUCUACCUUCCAGUCUACUACAAACUUCAGCUCAACUCUCAUUUUGAGUAUUUACAGCUUCGUUUCAACAAACACGUGAGAAUAAUUGGAGUUGCAUUAUUUUCUUUUCUUAUGGUAACGUUACUUCCUGCUGUUAUAUUUGUCCCAGCUGUCUGCUUCAAUCAAGUUACAGGACUUUCAGUGUAUACCAUAUCCGUCGGAAUUAGUGGCAUCUGCAUUUUCUAUACAAGUUUUGGAGGACUGAAAGCCGUUCUAUGGACCGACGCACUUCAAAGUAUGUUCACAUUUUUUGGGAUGGUUUUUGUAAUAAUCGUCAGCUGUUUCAAUCUUGGAGGAGUAAGUGAGAUAUGGCGGAUCAACAAGGAAGGAGGCAGACUGGAAAUGUUUAAUAUGGACCCGAAUCCAUUUGCUCGGAACACACUGUGGACUUCAUCCAUUGGAUAUUUCUUUACCUACUUAUGCAACUUAGCUAUAUUUCCUGCAUCUGUUCAGAGGUACCUGUCAGUACCGUCUCUCCGUAAGGCAAGAUGGGCACUAUUUUACUCAGCUGUCAGUUUAUACAUCGUCAUUAACCUGUCAACAUUCUUCGGCAUGAUUCUGUACGCCAGAUACUACCAGUGUGAUCCUGUGGCUGCCGGGGUGAUAAAAUCUUCCAGUCAGAUUGUCCCCUUGUACGUAUCGGAGGUGGGGAGAAAUUACCCUGGACUGGCAGGACUGUAUGUCUCAGGGAUCCUGAGCUCUUCACUUAGUUCGGUGUCGUCUUGGCUCAACUCCAUCGGGGGGAUGCUGUAUAAAGACAUAAUGGAGGUGUACUUCCCAGACGUCCAGCACUCAGAGAGCACAGAAUGCAAAAUAAUAAGAGCAAUAGUAAUCGUAUUAGGUAUUUCAUCAGUAUUAUUGAUGUUCGUUGUGGAAAAAAUGGGUACAAUAUUUCAGCUGUCGAUUUCGAUAAUUGGCAUUGUUAUGGGAUCAGCAAUGGCUUUAUUCACUCUUGGCAUCUUCUUCCCAAGAGUUAAUGCGAAGGGGGCAGUGACAGGUGCAAUUACAAGUUUCUUCCUGAUAGUUUGGAUAUCCUUCAAUGCUCAGUACUAUAUGAUGACAGGACAAUUGAAGUUCCCAGGGAAGGCAACCAGUAUUGACAACUGUCCGACCACGAUACAGGAGAAUUACAACUCCAGUACAUCCCUGUUGUCCAACUACACAGGGGUGGGUUCCCCAGUGGUGGCGGACAGUUCUGUGGCACUAAUCUACCAACUAUCCUACAAUUAUUACAUUGUAGUUGGUGCAAUAUCCGGGAUAUUGGUAGGCCUGGUAGUCUCUCUACUGACCGAGCCUCCUGAUACCGCCUCCUUGAGUCCUGAUCUCUUCACUCCCUGUGUGCACAGAUUUCUGCCAAAGAAGAAACAGGAUGAGCGGCCUAAUAAAGACGGUUAUGGGCAGGCCAGGAACCAUGAAAAAGACCAAAUGUUGAUGGAUUUAAAAAACGUGUAAUAAAUAAUUAAAUACCCUUUUAUAAAUUAUAA